AUGUCGAGUCAAUUUGAAAACAUUCCCGGAGGCUCUUAUCGUUUGAACACAGGUUAUUAUAUUCCUCUUGUUGGGUUUGGAACAUACAAAGUUGUUGGAGAGAGUGUGAGUUAUUAUUCGUUUUUUUUCUGCAAAAAAACUCGAUGUUUAGGUUUUGCCAGCAAUUGAUGCUGCUCUAACUGCUGGAUAUCGACUUUUUGACACUGCCAAAUAUUAUAAGAAUGAGAAGGAAAUCGGUGAAGCUUUGAAAGUUCUUCUUCCAAAGCAUAAUCUAAAAAGAUCAGACAUUUUCAUCACAUCGAAAAUGUUCCCAACUUUUCCAAAUACAUUGGAAGCAGCAAAGUUUGAUUUUGAAGAAAGUAUGAGAGAUUUACAAAUUGAUUAUAUUGAUAUGUAUCUUGUACAUUUCCCAAAACCAAAUGCUACUAAAGAUGAUGACCCAAAAAAUCCGGAAUAUCGUAAAAUUGUUUAUCAAACUUUGGAAAAAUAUUAUGAAGCUGGACGAGUCCGAUCUAUUGGUAUUUCGAAUUACGAAAUCCGUCAUAUCGAGGAUCUCAAAACCUAUGCCAAUAUUCAACCAGUUGCAAAUCAACUCGAAUAUCAUCCACAUUUUGCACGAAUUGAAUUGAAAAAAUAUUGCGAUGAUAACGGAAUUUACUUCCAAGUUAGUUUUGUUUUCAAACAUUCCCACUUACAACAAUCUAUUAUUCCAGGCAUUUUCAUCAUUGGCUCGACAUGAACCAGCUCUCAUCGAAGAUCCAACUGUUGUUCAACUCGCUGCCAAACACAAUACCACUGUUCCUCUUGUUCUUCUCGCUUGGGCACUUUGCCAAGGUGUUGGAAUUGUUCCAAAAUCUGUAACACCAUCAAGAAUUGCUGAGAACUUCAAAGUGAUUAAUAUCAAGUUGACAAGUGAAGAGAUUGAAAGUUUGCGAAAAUUGAAUAAAGACCAACAUUAUAUUAGAUGUCAUGGAUGGCUCGUCGAAUAUUGA